AUACCAAGCUGUUAUCAACCCCUCACCCACUCACCCCCUUCGUUACUCAAACAACCCCUUUCCUUCUCGUACUAGUACAUCAUCCCACACAUACGCCUUCUUCCGUCCGAUCUCCCUCCCUUAACGGAAAGAAAAGGAACCGCAAAAAAAGAAAAGGAGGAAAAAAGGAAAAAAGACUACUUGAAGAUCACACAAUGGAUCUUGUCAAUCACCUGAGCGACCGCCUCCUCUUUGCCGUUCCCAAGAAAGGCCGCCUCCACCAGAAUUGCCUCGACCUCCUCCACGGCGCCGACAUCCAAUUCCACCGCCACAGCCGUCUUGACAUAGCCCUAUGCAUCAACCACCCCAUAGCGCUCGUCUUCCUCCCGGCAGCCGACAUCCCCGUCUUCGUCGGCGAGGGCCGUGUGGGUCUGGGCAUAACCGGGCAGGACCAGGUUGCGGAGUCGCAAGCGGACGUGGAGGAACUGAUGGAAUUGGGCUUCGGGAAGUGCAAGCUGCAAGUGCAGGUCCCGGAGAAGGGCCCGAUCCAGGUGCCCAGGGAAUUAAUCGGGAAGAACAUCGUCACGAGCUUCACGCUGUUGGCCAGUGAGUAUUUCGCCAGAGCUACUCCCAGGGCUAUUAAGGUAGACGGUACAGUUACCAGGAUAAAGUAUGUCGGUGGAAGCGUCGAGGCUGCCUGCGCUCUCGGUGUCGCCGAUGGGAUCGUCGACUUAGUCGAAUCCGGUGAAACCAUGAGAGCUGCCGGCCUAAAACCCAUCGCUACAAUCUUGACCACGGGUGCCGUCCUGAUAAAGUCCAAACACCCCUCUAACCCCACCCUUGUGAAAACGAUCGAGUCGCGCAUCCGCGGCGUCAUCGUGGCCAAAAAAUACGUGCUGUGCACCUACAACAUCUCCCGCGAUAAACUAGCCGCCGUGACGAAGGUCACACCUGGCAAGCGCGCGCCCACCAUCACGCAGCUGGAUGAGUACGGCUGGGUCUCCGUCUCGGCCAUGGUGGAGAAGAGCAGUAUCGCUACGGUCAUGGAUAGGCUCGAAGAAACGGGGGCGGAGGACAUCCUCGUUACACAGAUUUCGAAUUCGAGGUCUUGCGGGAAUGUUUGGGAUUGA